UGACGUCACAGUGACAGACCGCGGCGCCAUUUUCGAAACAUGUGCGUGUUGGUGUUUGUAAACAGAGCAUUUGUCGACGGCAUAUGACCAAGGAAUUUGACGUCAUGUUUGGUCAUUAUCAGCAUAAUAACUCGGUUUACCUGUAGUUUGAUUAAUUAGUCUGAUUAUUUAACUGUUUGGGUGUAAUAGUGCACAGACGUGGUGACAAUCAGUGCUGGGCGUUGACCUUGACAGCUGAGACUUUCGAGCACACAAAUCGCUGAGCACCCGCAGGAUGCCGACUCCCCGUAGCCUGGGGACGUUCCCCAUUAGCCCUGCAAUGAAAGCCAAGCUCACAUCAGCAGGCUUCCUGACUGUCCCCGAUCUACAGGACCUAAAGCCAUCCGAGCUCAGCAAGGAGUUAGGCAUCAGCACAGAAGCAGCACUGGAGGUCAUCAAGACGGUGUUCCAGGAGGACGCGGUGGUGAGUGGCAGCAGGAGGACGUCGACGCCGAGAUCAGUCACGGCGUUGGAGAUGUUACAGCUGGAACAAAGUCUCCCCAACAUCUUCACCUUCUCGGAGAAACUUGACGACAUCCUUGGCGGAGGCGUGCCACUUGCCAAAAUUACUGAGUUCUGUGGCGCUCCAGGAAUUGGUAAAACCCAAGUUUGUAUGCAGCUCGGCAUUGAUGUCCAAAUUCCUGAAUGUUUCGGUGGCCUCGAUGGAGAGACUGUCUAUGUGGACACAGAGGGGAGUUUUAUUGUUGAGCGUUUGGUGGACAUUGCUUCUGCUACAGUUGAACAUUGUAACAACAUCGCACAGAUGGAUGGCUCAGUCGAUGUGAAAGAGGCUGCCAACAACUUUAAUCUAGAAAAACUGUUAUCAGGGAUCCACUAUUUCCGUUGCCAUGACUACAUAGAGCUUUUGUCAACUGUACACCUGUUGCCCAAAUUUGUAUCUGAGCAUAAAAAGGUGAAGCUUGUCAUCGUGGACAGUAUAGCCUUCCACUUCCGCCACGACUUUGACGACAUGUCGCUGCGAACCCGACUCCUGACAUCCAUGGCCCAGAGCUUCAUCAGACUGGCAACAGAACACAAACUAGCUGUGGUGCUUACCAACCAGAUGACCACCAAGAUGGGUGGGGGAGGAGGGUCCCACCUAAUCCCUGCCCUAGGGGAGAGCUGGGGCCACGCCAGCACCAUAAGGGUGGUGUUGUACUGGGAGGGCAACAACAGAUACGCCCUGCUCUACAAGUCGCCCUCGAAGAAGGAAGCAGUGGUGCCAUUCCAGAUUACAAUGGGUGGUAUACGAGAUGUGCAGAGUGAAGCUACUGAUCAGGGUGUCAUAGAGCCAGCAGAGGGAGGAGAGAACCCACCCAAACGGCAGAGAGUCUCAUGAUUCUUUCACUUUGUGAAUGGUGUGUGACCUGAGAUGUAGGAUUGCAUGACCAGACUUACUGCAGUGGAUCCCUGGGCAGAAUAGGUCCGAAGUAUCCUAGGGGCAGUCUGGAAGCCUAGUGGUUAAAGUGUUCGCUGGUCAUGCCGAAGACCCGGGUUUGAUUCCCGACAUGGGUACAAUGUGUGAAGCCCAUUUGUGGUGUCCCCCUCCAGUGAUAUUGCUGGAAUAUUGCUA